AUGAGUUCCACCAAAAGUCAUUUCGCGCUUCUGAAGGCGAUUUUGGCUAGCAUUCCAUUGAUUUUGAAGACCGUUAUUCUACAUGGCGCGCAAAUGUCCCCCGUGAAGGGGAAACAGGACCUCCGCACCGAGUUGACAGUCACUAUCAUCCGCUCAUUCCUGUCAGCCAGGGUACCGCUUGGCAAAACCCAGAGCGAUGGCAUACGUGACCCUGGCGUCAAGGGUCCCAUGUGGAUAUCCAAGGUGACCCUCCCGCAGCCUGAGGAUGACGUCCGCGAUGCAGUCCUCCGCGCCAUUGAAGAUUUGAAGACCGGCAACGAGACCUAUGAUAUUCCUGAAGCCACCCCCGUCGAAGGCGAAUGGACAGGGUACCGCGCUGGAGUGGGAAAGCAUACCGCGGAGCCCGAUCUCUCAGAAGAAGUGAAGUAUGAAAGACUGCGCGAGGAGUCCCCAUCCGACAUGACGGUCUUGUACUUCCACGGAGGCGCAUACUUCCUCAUGGAUCCAUGCAGCCAUCGCGUGCCCCUCGCGCACCUAUCGCGCUUGACCAGCGCCCCCGUCUUCUCCGUCCGAUACCGUCUUGCGCCUCAGAACCCUUUCCCGGCCGCCCUCGUCGACGCCCUCACUGCAUACCUCUCUCUCCUUCACCCGCCCCCGGGCUCGCUCCACAAGCCCAUACCAGCCAACAAGAUCAUCUUCGCUGGCGAUUCCGCAGGCGGAAACCUGUCUCUCGUUCUUCUCCAAACACUCAUGACCCUUGACCGCGCGUCCCACACCAUUCGCUUCCAUGGCAAGGACGUUCCCAUCGAACUGCCGGCAGGCGUGGCAACCAGCUCGCCAUGGUGUGACGUGACGCGCUCCAUGCCGUCGUGCUAUAAGAACGCAUACCUCGACUACCUCGCACCCCCAUCUCAACCCUCCGACGAUACUCCAUUCAGCACGAUCCCCUUCGUCCCAGACGACGUCUGGCCCGUGUCUCCGCCUCGCGCGGACAUCUUUUGUAACUCCAGUAUCAUCUGCCACCCAUUGGUAUCUCCGCUCGCAGCCCCGGCUGAACUCUGGAAGAAUGCGCCGCCGAUUUGGAUAUCUCUUGGCGAGGAAGGCCUCACAGAUGAAGGUCUUAUUGUGGCGCGUCGUCUUCACCAGGCUGGUGUGCCCCUCGUCGCAGAAAUGUUCGAGGGCAUGCCGCACUGCCAUGGACUGCUGAUGUUGGGAACCCCGGCGAGCCGCCGCUUCUUCGAGGGAUUUUCUGGGUUCUGUCGUGAUGCGGUUGCCGGUCGUGUGAAAUCGGCCGGCACUCUCACGUGGUUGAGCUUCAAGUUGCAGUCGUCCAAGGACAUCCCGAUUGAGGAAGCUUGUGCAACCAGUGAUGAACAGGCGCAGACUCUCAUGCAGAGAAAUGCCGCUUGGCGAUUGAAGACGGAGGUCGAGAUGCUGAAGGAGUGGCAUGCGAAAGCAAAACUAUGA